AUGUCGGGUUUCGGUUAUCACGGAGGACGCUCACGGUGCCACGAGACGUUCAUCUCUUUCAUGGAGUGCUACGCCGGCGCCAACGAGACUAAGCAGUGCAUCGGCCAGAAGGAGGACUACAUCGAGUGCCUGCACCGCACGAAGGAGAUCAACCGCUCGAGGGAGAUCAAGGCGCACUUCCUCCAGUCGCAGGCUGCGCAGGGCGCCGACGCACGCAAGGCCGCCGAGAAGGCCGCAUCGGGCGUUAUCGCCAAUCUCGGGCUUGUGCACGAGUCCACGUAG